CAAGUAAGUAGAGAGAAGGCACGGGACUGAGAGAGCAUCAGGUUCCUGGCCACAGUGAGGCGCGCGCCGGGGCUGAAGCCGCUGCUGCUCAUCAACGCCUUCAACAUGCUGCAGAUCCUAUCCGGCAGCUACGUCGUCAUCUUCUACGCCGUCGACAUCGUGAAGGACUCGGGCGGCUCUAUGAACCCUCAAAUGGCAGCAAACGUAAGUGCCUUAGUAAGGUUGGGCGUGACGGUGGUGGCGUGCAUCAUGCUGCUGAAGAUGACGCGGCGCGCGCUGGUCAUGAUCUCAGGAGUGGGGACGGCCUUCUGUACCCUGGUGCUGGCCUUCAUGCUGACCCAGGGUCGCGGCUCCGGCUGGCUGCCGCCAGCGCUCAUCCUCGGCUACGUCGGGUUCAACACCCUCGGCUUCUUCCUCCUCCCCGGACUCAUGAUCGGCGAACUCCUCCCCACAAAAGUCCGCGGCCUCUGCGGCGGCUACAUAUUCUGCCUAUUUAACACCGUCCUCUUCGGAUUCACCAAACUCUACCCCAUCAUGAAAAACGCCAUCGGAAUGGCUGGAGUCUUCGGCUUAUUCGGCGCAUCAUCCGCCCUCGCCACUAUCGUCCUGUACUUAAUGUUACCAGAAACUAAAGGAAAAUCUCUCCUACAAAUUGAACAGUAUUACCAGAAAUCCAACAUCAUGUGGGUGACGCGGAAGAAAAACGGUGACAGCGACGCCGUUUGAAACGAUUAGUAUAGUAAUUGUUAUAUUGUUGUCUAUGUUAUUUAUACGCACGAU